AUGGAAGCUGAAGAGAAAAAAGGGGGUGUUCCUUUCCGAUUAAGCACUUGUCUUGAUUUUAUUAACUGUAUGGAUGAUUGUGGUAUGACUGAAUCUAGUUUUGUAGGUAAUGUCCACACUCUGUGUGGUGGAGAGAGGGGCGGCAUAAUUAAGAUCAGGCUAGACGAUGUGCUUAUGCAUAAUAAGGAAUGGGCCUCUAAAUUUCCAAAUGUUACAGUGGAACAUCUUUCUAAGACUGGAUCGGAUCACAACUUACUCUUGGUUCGCUGCUCAGAUGAUCAACAACAUGUGAUCAAAUACUUGAAGUUUCUCAAUUUCUGGACUGACCAAGAAGAUUAUCUUUCCUUGGUUAAUUUGGGAAACUGA